UCUUUUUGAACGAAUCGUUCACGAACGACCCAUCACUAAUGGCGGAGUCACUUCUAUACCCUGUAUGUUCUAUGCGCUGCUCGGCGGGAAUUAAAUUUCUGUAGUCUUGUUCGAGGAAAAUUUGGAAUAUUUAAAUAUUGGGUUUUGGUGUUAUGGUCUGUUUUUGUUAUAAAAGUCAAGAGUCGAAAUGUCGUACGUGCGGACGUUGGAGGAAGUGCGCACCGUCAUCGGACACGCCAAGUUGGACGAGGGCGAGCUGGCCCCGGUGACGCAGGUGCUGUGCUUUCCCCCGGCCGGCGACAUCCGGGACCACUACAAGUUCGUGGAGCUGGACGACACCCUUCUCGGUGUCCUGCGGGGCGGGGAUAGGCUUGUAUUUCGCGGAGAGAAGGAUGAGAACGCGGUGUUGUGCACGCGCAACCAGACGUUUGAAGUUAAGGAAGCGGAGACGUCAAAUUCCAUGCUUCUAGUGCCGGACCUGGUGUUGGCGGAUGAGAUCGGCACAUCGCAGGCUGCCGAGAGAAUCUUGCAAGAGAAGAAAGUGGCCGGGGUGUUCUACAAGUACCUGGAGCUGCGUCAGUGCAAGCCGCGCCUGCAGAAGCUACGCCGCCUGCUGGACGAGAGCCGCUACCGCGGGCCGGAGCUGGAGGAGGACCUGCGGCAGGGCGGGGUGCGCACCUACUCCUUCCCUGAGCUGCUGGUGGCCGUGCAGGCGAGCGAGCAGGAGCUGCGCGCCGCCCUCCGCGAGAUGCUUGCAGUCGAGCUGGACGGCGCCUGGCGCGUCCUGGACCACGAGUACCGCUUCCGGGUCGUCUCCCACAUCCUCAACCUGGUGGACGAGAACUCGUGGCCCCUGGACGCCGUCCCCCGGGACCUCACCCUGUCCACCCUGUCCGGCCUGGUCCCGGAGAGCAUUCUGGCCCAGUGCUUCCGGUGGUACACGGAGCCUACCGCAGACGAGGGGCUGUUCCGGCUGAGGGGGGACCGGGUGUGUUGCAUCCUGGCGGAAGUGCUGCUCCGGGCGGCCGGCAAGUUCAACCUGAACGAGUUCCUCACGGCCUGGCAACAGAGCGUGCCCGAAGGCAUGAAGACGGACAUGAAGUACCUGGAUGGUAUCGCCCUGAUGGACCUUAAAUCCAAGCCAGAGGUGAUCUGGUACUUUGCCGAGACGGACCUGCCGGAAGACGUGAACGAAAGGUUCAGGGUACUGUUUCAGAUGAGAGAGAAGUGGACCCUGGUUGAGAUUCACCCCUACAUUCAACGCCUGGCUACCGACAAGGUGAAUGUUAAUGCCUUGUUGACCAAGCAUGCGAGGGCAUGCACGGUGAAUGGUGUCAAGUACUACAGUGCCAAACACAGAUGAGGAGCCCAGCGGUUCAGACCUGCUUGUGAAGUUAAGAAAUGUAAUAUGCCAGUUACAGCAUUGGAAACAUGAUGCUAGCGACAUCCUAUUGAGAGGAGUAUGUGAUGAGAUUAGGUAAAAAUGUAAAAUAUCACCAUUGAUGGGUCUAUGUGUUUGCUUUGGCUGACAUUGCAGAACAUUUAUAAAUAUUCUUGUACUGUAAUAUAUUAUAUUUUUUGUCAGCCCAUGGGUAAUUGAAGUGCUAAUAUUUACAGGCUUUCUAACCACUAUCUUCUGUAUGUUAUGGCAAUAAAUUGUUAAUUUUUAAGUUGA